AUGUCGCUCUCCCAACGCGUGACAGCCAUGGAGGAGCAUGAGCCAUGGAGCAGAGAGGCGAGCCCGGACUCACGACACCGAAAGAUGAGCUUCAAUCCUGUUGGAACAUGGACCGAACAGACUGGCGAAGAGCCGACGAUAGGCGCCUUCGAGGUGCCCAAGUGGAAAAGAAUGCUCCAGGUCUUCUUCGCCGUCAUCUAUUGCCUGUUCGCUGCAGGCGUCGUCUUCGGUUAUGCCGCGAUCAAACCCGUACUACUCGAGGAGGGCGUAUAUAGAGAUUAUUGCACAGAGGAGGAACUCGAAAAGGGCGUACAUGUAUGCUACGAACAAGAGCUUCGUCUAAACCUCAUGUUCACUAUUGCCGCCGUGUCCACAAACGUUGUCGCGUUGCCUGUAGGGUGGAUUCUCGAUCGCUUCGGACCACGAGUAUGCGGGAUUACUGGUGCGGCAUCAAUCACAGUUGGUGCGCUGCUUUUCGCCUUCUCAGAGCAGCUUCCCGUUGAUGGAUAUAUACCUGGCUACCUGUUUCUGGCUCUAGGCGGACCUUUUAUCUUCAUCUCGUCCUUCCAGCUCAGCAACACGUUCCCGCAAUACUCUGGACUCAUCCUGGCUCUGCUCACCGGAGCUUUCGAUACUUCAAGCGCCAUCUUCUUGAUGUACCGCUUGAUUUAUCAGGGCACAGGUGGCGAUUUCUCCAUCAAGAAGUUCUUCCUCAUCUAUCUGAUUGUUCCGGUCUUCAUACUUGCAGUCCAAGUGCUUUUCAUGCCCUCGGUGUCGUAUAAGACCGUUGGCGAACUUGUCACUACAGUGGAAGAGGAGCAAGUCAUUCACGACUCUGACGAUGAGAUCGAAGAUGCAGCCACUGUUCGAAGUCUCCGGGAUGCUCGUCGCGCACACCGAGAAAGCAUUGUCAGCGAAAUCACCUCUUUGUUGGGUACCAAGGAUGGCAAGAACCAAGCGCAAGAAGAAGAGAAGAAGAAAAACAUCUCGGGUGUCUGGGGUGCUCUUCACGGUCGUACUGCCCGUGAGCAGAUUCGUACACCCUGGUUCAUACUCAUCACGCUCUUUACCGUGCUGCAAAUGACGCGUAUCAACUAUUUCGUCGCGACAAUCCGGACACAAUACACCUACCUCUUCCACGACUACAACAAGGCAGUAGAAAUCAACAACUUCUUCGACGUCGCACUACCCGUAGGCGGCGUCUUAUCUGUCCCCUUCAUCGGUCUACUACUCGAUAACACAAGCACCACAUUUACUCUAUCCCUCCUCGUCACCAUCGCUACCACCAUCGGUGUUCUCGGCGUGAUCCCCGAGACAUGGGCCGCCUACGCCAACAUCACCCUAUUCGUCCUCUACCGACCCCUCUAUUACACCGCAGUCUCCGACUACUCCGCCAAAGUCUUCGGCUUCGCCACCUUCGGCAAAGUCUACGGCCUCAUCAUCUGUCUCGCCGGCCUCCUCAACUUCUCCCAAUCCGCCCUCGACGCCGCUACCCACAAGACCUUCCACAACGACCCUGUGCCCAUCAACGUCAUCUUACUCAGUCUGGCGCUGUUGGUGGGUCUUGCGCUUGUGGCGUAUGUGUGGAGGAAGAGUCAGACGCUUCGACGCGAUUGUAUUGAAGAUGAGGCCGAGGAGGCGAGGGAGACGCUUAUGCCGCAUGCUAAUGGCACGGGAUAUGGGAGUGUGAAUGGGAACCGGAGUGCGAAUGGGAGUGUGAAUGGUACUACGAGUCCUAGUGAGGAGAACAGGGGGAGGAGGUUGUGAUGGCCAUGAUUUUCACGAUGACGAUGACGAAAUGAUGGAUAUGCAUGGUAGUAUCUAUGAGCAUUCUUGCAUGUAGUGUUUCUUUGGCAAAAUUCACUCUUAUUCUUUAGCUACCUAGCUCAUGGCGAGGCGUUUGGGGCGCUCUGUUUGAUUGAAUUUGGCUUGUGUACCUAUCUCUCUGAAGAAUAGAUAUUCAUGAUGCAUUAUGGCAUUGCAUGUUCAUCACCA